AUGCCCGUCCUGUUCGACCGGGAGGAGGAUGGCUCCGUCUGCUACUAUGAAGACAAGGAGGCCAGAGAUAAAAUAGACAAAGGCGUCGAGAUUGCCAUCAUUGUGGGCAUGACCAUCGUCUUCUUGCUUUUCCUAGCUCUCUUCCUGUCCAAGUGCACUGCCAGAUCUAAGCCUCCUAAGCAGAUCUCGUACCAGAACAAUCCGGCUGACAGGGAUAGUUAUGAAAUGCAGCCGCAACAGGGCUGGGCAGGCGGCUACUAUCCGCCACAACCGCGAGUAGCAGGCUACGUUCCGCAUCCGCCACCAGUAGCAUAA